CAUGUUGAAAAGUAGCAACACAGAAACUUAAACAGAAAAGAUAUAGGAAUUAGGAAGCAUGAAAGUUCUGAAUCGAAACAUGCUAAUGCUUGUGUUAGUUUUGUCCUUGAUAUGUAAUAUAUCUCACUUGUAUGCUGCUGAUCCUACUGAUGGAUUCACCAACAUACCACUGACUGAAGCCAAUUUCAAAAUUCAGAGGCCUUAUAAUUUACCAGUCGAGGCACGAUACAGCUUUGAAAAUGGCGUUCGCAGGAUGUGGGUGUACGCUAAUGACAAGUCCCACAGCCCAAAUAGCCAGACACAACCCCGCACUGAAGUUCGAAUUAUGGGACAUGACUACUCAUCUGGAGUAUGGCAGUUUGAAGGAUAUGGUUUCGUCCCAAAUGGAACCACUGGACCUUCAGUUGUGCAGAUACAUGGUGCCACCCACGAAUCGUCUACAAUAAUUUUAAGGAUCUAUGACGGGGAGCUGAGGUACUAUAGUGGUGAUCUUAUAGCCUCCAAUAUGUACGAUAAGUGGUUCAAGGUUAACUUAAUCCAUGAUGUGGAUCAAGGGAAAGUCACCGUUUUCAUUGAUAACCAACAAAAGUUUCAGACCAAGGACAGAGGGCCUGGAGACCUGUAUUUCAAGUGUGGAGUUUAUGCUGCUCCCAAAAACAUCAGUUACUAUAUGGAAUCAAGGUGGAGAGACAUCAAAUUAUACAAGAAGUGAACUGCUUAAUAGCGAAAACUGUUGAAAAUAUAACCAUUGGUGUUUGAUAUUUGUAUCAUGUAUUUAAUCUAUCUACAAAUCAAGGUUGGUGUGUGAGUAUAGACUUUCGAUUUCUGAUCAACUUUGGCAAGACAUAUUUUACAAGCUAUUAUUUUUUUCUGUA